AUGAUAGCUUUAUUUACCUUUAUAGGCUGGGGUGCUGUAUUUUCACGGGUACCUUCAGAUCUCGUAAGGGCAGUUCCGGGGUCCGACGUUACCUUUCAGUGGUCCCUGGCUGAAAAUUUGACCUCACUGCCUGACUUCCAAGCACUUGUGUUUGGACUUUGGAGACAUGGAUUCGUCGCGACAUACAUAACCACGGUGACGAGAAACGGGCACGCAAUUCCGAACCCAGACCUAAAGAAGGAGGCACCGCGGUUGGACGGCCGUGUACAGUGGAAAGGGAACCUGUCAAAAUCACUCGUGGCUUUCCAAAUUUCUGACGUUAGAAUUCAAGAUCAGACGGAUUAUGGCCUUCUUUUGAAUUUUGGUCCUUUUAGACACUCUCCAACGGACUCAGUACGUCUUGAAGUGGAAGGUAAGGAUGCAGUCAGAAUUGGAUAAACAUAGGGUGUGGCUGACUAUCAAACGUGCCGGCCUUGGUGUUACGUGUCCCCUCUAUGUGCUAAAUAAUGUAAAACAUGCCAGUGUUUUGGUAUCCAAAACUGAUUUUUCUUGCACUGGCAAUCCUUUGCUUCUACAGACGCGUCGUCUAUGAUAACAGCGCUGCCAUCAGCGCUGCAAUCACUUCCCAUACGGGCACGAAAAGGCAAAAAUCUUACUUUCCAUUGUGAGUUUCGCGUAGCUGCAGAAGAUGAGGCCCUGUACGAGGGAAUUGCAGUUGGUGUUUGGGAAAGGGGUGAAAUCGCCUUGACCCUGAUGACGGUUACAAAGGAAUAUAGCAUUGUCAUGAAUCCCAAGCUGUACAAAGAAGGUCCUGAAUACAGCCAAAGAGUUCGUGCACACCUCUCCACCAACAACAGCAGUAACACUUCAAAAGUAUUAGUUGAGUUGGCAGAAGUAAAAGAAUCCGAUGAACGAUCCUAUGGGUGUAGCAUGUACUUUGGCCCUUUUCGGGAACCUCUGGGUUCAUCAGUUAGCGUGUAUGUGGAAGGUAUGAAAAUGUAUUGAUCUGGAUAUCUACAAUCUAUUUUAUCUAGGGCUGUAUAUGUUUCUAUUCCUCACAAUUAGUCGGUAUUAUGAAGUAUUUCGGACACUAAGAAUACCCUUGCAAAAAUUACCAUUUUCUCCAUUGUAUCCACUAAUUUCUUGUUAUUGUUUAUAACCAGGACAUGUCAUUAGUUUUAACUUUAUUUUGCCCUUUUUUCUCCUGUUAUGUUCUCUCUCUUGUAUAUUUGCAGUAUGGAGAAAUAAAGUAAAGUAAAAAAAAAAGGGGGGGGAUAAAAAUUGUUCUGAAAUUCCCGGUUUACGAAAAGUUGUCUGGAGAAGGCUUGACUGUCAAUGUACCCUUAAGCAUUUGUGAAAUUUUAGCGAGAUUGUAGCAUACGAAAUCACGAGGGUUACUCAGCUAUCGCCCAUCCCCAAAACGUAAUUGUUAAUGAAUAUAAGCCCUUCAGUUUUAAAGACCUUGUUCGAGGAAAUGUCUUUUCAUGUUUGUUUUUAUUCCUACAUUAAGGCACAAACAGCAACAGCAACGGUUUGCCUUUUUUGACCAAUGAUAACGACGAUACACGGACAGUACGUGCUAACAAAGACGUUGCGCUUCCCUGCCCGGUGCUGUCAGAAGUGAUUCAACUCGACCGAACUUUUAAGGCUUUAUAUUGGUCUUACUGCACCUCCAAGAACUGCAGUACAAUCGAAACUAAAUGGUCGUGGAUGGCUGGAAUGACCAAUUCUCGAGCUACUAAAGUGGUCGACAAGGGUCCUUAUAAUGGUAGAGUCAACCUGACUCGUAAUGGAACCCUGAUACUGUCUAAUGUACAGAUUAGUGACGGUACAGACUACAUGUGUACUGUUCAGAGGGUAAAUUUCACAUCGGCAGAACGUUACUUCGUCACUCUUAUUGUCAACGCAACUGGUAAGAAUGUUUUUCGGUCACUGUAAUCACGGUUGUGGACUGCGAGUCUUCGGGUCUCUUUCUCUUUGAACUUUGCAUUGAUCGUGUGGUGGGAGUUGGGCCUCUUUUAUCUUACGGGUAAAUUAUUAAUCAACUCAGUUGUCACAUCGUUGUCACGAACAACUUCUGAGGCACAUGACUGCAUGAUUUUCACUGUUCAUUUUCUCUCAUCCUCUAAUAGCAAAGUAAAUUGUCAGCUGUAAUACGACUGCAGAGGACACGCGUGAAAAACGCAGUGCGCAUGCGUUCAAAAUCAUACGCGAUACCAAAACAAACUAGAUUCCGGCCGCGAAAUUCAAAAAAGUAAGCUCCACACACAAAAGAUAAGCUUAGAAUUUCACGAACACAAAGUUUAUUAAUUUCUUUAGUUUCUCUCUUUUGCACCACAUACUUUCCUCCUUGCACCAAAGGCGAAAAUCAUGUUUGAAAGUCUACGCUCGCUCUGGCAGCACUUCGCCGUAGCCAUUGUUGCUGUUUUGGUCAUCAUGUCGCUGAGCUCGGUCAAUGCGAACAACGAAAUCGACCAAUGCAUCCAAGGACGGAAAAACCUUGUACUGGACGACUUUACCAGUUAGUUAGUUAAGUUAGUUUAAGUAAUUUUUUGUUGUGCUUAAUACUAGAACCGGCUGCAAACCAUUAAACAUACCAAACAUUCCUAAAUGUUUUUCAAUUUAAAUGGGAAGAUUUUGCAAAUUUUAAUUAUUGAAAAUAGAGACCUUGCGCAUGCGCAGACGUUUUGCACGCGUGCCACUGCAGAGCAUUCCCCUAUGUUUCCCAUGGAAAUGGUAAAUAAUGUGCAUUUAUGAAAAGUCAUUAAAGUCUAGAAGUAUGCCCUAUUGUUACCUCAUUAGACAAAUCAACUUUAUCGAUCAAAGUUAAUAGCCAGGCAAUGGAAUGUCACUUGGGGGAAAAGUAUUUCAUAUCUCUUAAUGCAGUGAAAAUGCUUCAAAGUACCGUACGUUACCUUAGGGGGCUUACUUCCCUCCAUAUUUCAAGUACAUAUUAUUCUUUCUUGCAAUAGAACCGCCCAGCAUAACGAACAGGAGUAAGGAUAAAGUUACUGUGUUGGAAGGCAAGCCACUCGUGUUAUUUUGUGAAGCCAAGGGUUACCCAUCACCUCAUUUUACCUGGAGUAAGAAUGGCAAAUUGCUUCCUAGUAGCGAUAAUGGAACAAAGUUCAUUAUCCACGAAACCAGUAAAAAGGACGCUGGAGUUUACAGAUGUGAGGCUUCAAAUUCUGUAGGAACAGUGGGGUACUCAUUCACGGUGGAGAUCACAAGCAAAGCGGGUAAUUAUAAAGGAAUAGUAUGGCUUCCUCUUCACUACCGUGAAUAAUGAUUUGUCUGUCUGUCUGUCUAUCUGUAUCUCUGUCCGUCCGUCCCUUUGGAUUUUGUUCUCAGUACAUGUAAUAUUCGAUUGAAUAUAAAGGUUCCGAAUUUCUCAAAGUAAAAGCUUGGUUUAGUUUCUGUCAAUCAAUCAAUCAAUCAAUCAGUCAACCAACCAACCAACCAAUGAGCCAACCAACAAAUCAAUCAGUCAAUCUUUAUUUAUACACGAAAUCUCUCCUAGGAGUCGUGUAAAUUAAGCCUAAAGUACAUUAACUGCCUAAAGCUACCUAACCAUUUAAUCGAGAAAAUGAAAUGCAAUAGGAAUAAGAAUUAAAAUUUAAUUACUAAUUGAUCUAAUUACAAAUAAAACAAAUCUUCCCCAUUUAAUGAGGUUUUAAAGUAAUUGGAAUUGGGCCGCUGUCUGAUCUCUUAGGGGAUCUUGCUCUACGGGAUAAAUCCCCUGUAGUGAAAGCUCCCUUUCUUUUUUUCUUGGCUUCCUUGAGUGUAUUUAGUCACCUUAACUGCAUUUCACGUGUGAAAUUGUUUCUUUCAGGUGACAGGGGAAAGAAAUUGACGCCGUUAAAGAUUGCCUUGUUGAGUGUUGGUGUGGCUGUGGUGCUUCUUGUCGUUGGGUGUUGUGUAUGGCGGAGGAAAACUGCAGAUAGCCGCCGUGGCUACGCAACCGUUUGA